AUGUCAUUUGGAAGAUCAAAAACUUUGCUGCACUUUGACUUCUCUUUGUAUGGCUUGUUACUGGAUAGAGUGACAGUUAUAAAGGACUUGGGGUUGUACAUGACACCAUCCUUGGAUCCAGGUAUACAUAUCACCAAGACUUGUGCUAAAGCCAAUCGUAUUUUGGGGUUCAUUUCCCGAACAUCAAGAAACGCCCUAUCUCCUGCAACAUUGAAGACCCUCUACGUGACUCUUGUUCGUCCCAUUGUUGAAUAUGGUUCUACUGUCUGGGUUCCCCACCAGAUUGGACAUUGCGACCAUCUAAAUAAAGUUCAGAGACGUUUUCUGCGAUUGGUAGGAGUUAGAAGUGGCAUCCGUUAUCCUGAUGUUGAUAUACAGGUUAUUGCAAGCCAGCACCAGAUCCUUUCGCUUUCAUCUAGAAGAGUGGCUCUUGACCUUAUAUUUCUAUUCAAGAUUGUCAAUGGUUUGGUUGAUUGCCCUGAGCUCCUGCGUCACAUAGACCUCCAUGUACCUGCCGCAACCCGCCUUCUGCAGCCUUUCUCCAGGCACUCACACCGGACUGUCUACGCCUACCAGAGUGUAAUUCCACGCCUGCUGCGUUUGGGAAAUGCUGCCCACCAGUUGGAAUUCUUUGGCGUAUCCAUGCUGGUGUUUCGGAGGGGGGUCUUCUCUUGGGUGUCUGAGCAUGGUGAAUAUUGA